AUGGUUUGUAACAGAGAACCUCAGAUCAAUGACCUGCCAUUGAAAGAUAUAAUGGGUGAUGACAAAGUUGCUUCUAAGACAAUUUUUGGAGGAAAGGUUGUGGUAUUUGGUGGCCAUUUUAGACAAAUUUUACCCAUAGUUCCUAGAGGUACCAGGUCUGACAUUGUGUAUUCCAUAAUAAAUGCAUCAUAUAUUUGGGAUCAUUGGAAAGUUCUCAAACUAACCAAAAAUAUGUGUUUGAGAGCUGGGACAAAUCCAACCAAUGCAGCAGAGAUACAGAGGCUUUCUAAAUGGAUUUUACAGGUUGGAGAUGGAAAGAUAUCUAAACCAAAUGAUGGAUAUGCUGAAUUUUGUAUUCCACCUGAGUUAAUAAUAUCAAAUUUUGAUGAUCCAAUAGAGAUUAUUGUUACAACUAUGACUAGCUACAUGACCAGCAUUCAAAAAGAAGAAGAUGAAGAUCUAUCAAAAGAAGCAAUCAAUACGAGAACUGAUGCUCCAUAUCUGCUUAAGAAGAUAAAUGAAGAAGAAUCAAUCAAGACAAGAGCUGAUGCUCCUUAUCUGCUUUCAGAAGAUGAAGAUCUCAUCCAGAAGUUCAAGAAUAGAAGACUACAAGACUAUUUUUUGGUUGAAGAAGCCAAAUAUACCGAGGAUCUGGCUCCUGCAAUUGGAAAAUUCUUCAACGCAAGGAAUCUAAGAUACAUGGAUCUGGUCAAGAAAAUCAGUGUUAACCCUUCUACUAUUCCAUCCUCCAACAUCACUAGCAAAAGAAUUUAUGCUAAUAAUUUCCCUCUGUUCACCAAGGGAGAUAGUCCAGAAGGAAUUACUACAUAUGUGGUCAUGACGACAUAA